AUGAGGCCUACUAUUAAAUCACAAGAAGGAUACGAUACCAUCGUAAAUAUCCUUAAAGGCGAGGAUUCGACAGCAGAUGGCAGCAAACAUACAAAGUAUCGCUUGAAAAGAAUGGCCGAGCUGCUUAUCUCGAUAGAUAAUUUACUUUAUCUGAAAGAUACAUAA